AAUCAGAACCACAGUGGCUUUGUCGAGCAACGCGCAAUGCGCGCAUGACACACUUUAGACACGGAAGUAUCCUUUUUUAGUUUUUCAAGAAAUUGCGAGACCAAAUUAAAUGUUAGUUAGUGUCUAGAAAUGCCUAGGAAUGAACAUACCAGUGUGUUGCGUGGAUUUUUAAGCAACAAAAGAUAUCCAACGCACGUAUUCAGUGCACAGACACUGGGCUAGCCGGCACGAAGCGAGGCUGACUAACAAUCGUCAACGUAUCGCUAAAAUGUUUCGCACCAUUAAGUGAAUUUUAAUCAACUGAAGUCAUGCAUCUAAUACCUCACUUGACUAAAAUCAAAUGAAAUUAGCACCAAAUAAUUAAUGCUCGCACUCGCUAUUCAAUAUUUAUGUUAGAAUCGACUCAGGGUAUUAUUCUUUUGAUGCCUGUUAUCACCAUAGUUACCUUUCCUGAAAGAAUAUCAAAAUACAGUAAAAUAGUUCUGGUAACAUUUUUUAGACCUUUUUUCACAAUCUCGUCAUUCUCAUGCUUUGUUUAUAUAAAGAAAACACGCUAUUACAGUCAAUUUCCGAAGUGAGAAAGCAGGCAUUAACUCGCUGAGAUUUUAUAUCAAAUCACGGUAAAACAGCUCACUAAUGGGAUAUUCAACAUAUGGGCAGCUUCCUUCGCAAAAAGCGACUAAUAAAAUGAAGAAAAACAAGUCUAAAAUUUCCAGUAAACUAUCGUUAAGACGUCAUUCCAGGUUAUAAAGUUAAUCAUCUAAAUUGAUCUUGUAAAUCAUGCAGUACGGCACUGAAUUCAAAGAAAUGGGAAUUAAUUUCCGUCUUCCACCACGGACCGACAGUGCUUCCAAGAUCUCUUUAUUAACGGCACCAAUUUCUUGAAAAGUGAUGUAUUAACCAACUUAGUGAUCAUGAAUUCGCAUGAGUCAACUUCCUUAUUUUUGUUCCUUUUUCUCAUUCACAACAUGCGGGCAGGGAUUGUUAAGACUGCGACAAUUUCGCCUAUCUUCUAUUCUAAACAAAAAUGUUACGUGCGUUGCGUCACACAUCCUCAAAGGUUCAAGUCACGUAGCAUUUAUUAAAGUGGUUCCGAAAACGCGUUAUGAUCCCGGAUGAUCAUAGUUUCCUAUAAAAUUGAUUACCCUUUUCUCCGUUGUACACUAACAGAAAGCCUCUUCAAGGAGGUCCACAAGGCUGUAAUUAUGCAGCUAUCAAUCAGUGUCAGCCACCGAAUUUCUUGAGCAAACGAUCGGCAUACGAAACCGAUGGAGAUAGCAAAACAAGAAACCACGGAGGGCUUUCACUUGUGAUCAUUGACGGUUUGUGCGGCCCACGGUAUCCUGUGUCAACACCUUGUAGCCAACAACAAAGAUGGAGUCAGAUCUAAGUACUUCGUCAUUCUCCAUAGACAACAUACUGAAGCCUGACAAAUGUGAUUCAAGUCAAGAACCUCGUUCCGCAGAUCGGGCUUUAACACUGGCUGAGCGCCUAGCUGAUAUAAUACUGGAAGUGCAUUAUGGAUCAUCGAGAGGCAAGCAUCGGCGAACACGCACUGCCUUCACUCACCAGCAGCUGCAGAUAUUAGAAAAUACAUUUUCAAAGACACAUUACCCAGAUGUUGUGAUGAGGGAGCAGCUGGCAGCCUAUAUUAACAUUCCAGAGUCAAGAAUCCAGGUGUGGUUUAAAAACCGAAGAGCCAAAUACAGGAAGCAAAUGAAAGACGGAGAAGAGCUAACCACGAGUGAAAUUGAAAAUAAAGCUUUGGAGCAUCACUUCAGUGGCCAUGAAGUACCUUGGAGCCCUCAACACUUUUAUGCUGCCAACAGUAUACCUUUCAGCCCAGGAAGUGCUAUUACACCUCAAAGCAAUUUCGCACAGUACUCCUGGUCAGCAGUUCCAUUGUAUACCUCAAGCCCGUGCGCAUGUCUGCCGUCGUACUCUGAUAAUCCAAGAAGGUCUUGGCCGUGCACUGCAUGUUGCGACAAUACGGAUGUAAAAAGCCAUUUACAAUAACUGGUCUUCAAUUAAAUGUGUGUCAAUCUGGACUGAUGCAAUGAAGUAAAGAAUCAUACUUAAUCACGAACUGCAACACCACCAGAUUAAAUUCUUCUUGUUAUUGGUAGCUACUAGAUUUUACUUUUAUAAUUGAUUUGGCACUUCAUCCACUUCAGAUUACUCCGAAUGGCCACUAAAACAUCCCUCCAGACAUUCACUUUGUAUUGAUACUUAUAAUCAACCAAAUGUAAAUGGCUGGAUAAUAAAAAUGUCGGACUGAAGUUUUAAAAUUAGAACGAAAACAAUUCUCUCAUAAAUACAAGGUUCGAUAGACUCUAUAUACUAAAGUUACCGUAACUAUUAGACUGUAAAGUGUAAAUUCAAAAUAAGAAAAAAUAAUAACUAUGCAAAUAGUUAUGUAUAUAUGUUAAAUAUGUAUACAAUAAGGUUCUAAAGUUUGUGACUGUAAAACAAUACUGUGUAUUAGCUUGGUCAACAGGUCAAAAAUUUGUCUUAGAAAUAAAAAAUAGAAAAAAAAAAA